GGCAUCGUAGGUUGACGAGGGCCGCCCAGCCAUGUUGAGGAGUCUGUCAAGCAAACUGCAGCCCGCCAUUGUGUAGAAACCAGGCUCUGUAGAGAGAUAGGGGCGCUUGGCUAAAACUCUUCAAUAGCUAGACCUAUUCUACACCCUGCCGCUUUUAUUUAGGAGUAAAUACAGUUACACAGGCUCCGGGGGGAAAGACAUGUCAGCCAGCAGCCUCCUUGAACAGGUAAAGAGAGGUAUUUUCUGAACAUUUACGAGGGCCAAAUUUGUCAGCAUCGCGACGGCUAGCGAGGAUAGCUUAGCUCAGAGGCAGCGGCAGUGGCUCAGUAGUGCAGUAGGCCUGACCACCUGCUAAAGGAACUGACUGCUGAAAUAUAUCUCUUCAUCUAUUUUUCCCCUUCCUCUCUUCUCAUAAAUCAAACCUUCAUGAAUCACCUGGACCCAAUCCAGAGACCGAAAGGCCAAGCUAAUAAAGGUAAGAGAUGAAACAGGAGGUGGUUUCAGUGAAUGUGGAUCUUUGACGGUCGCUGCGCUGAAAAUCUUGCGUGCGCGGAUGGGAUAGCUUUCCCCCUUAGCUCCUCGGCAAAUAGGCCAGACUGUUGAAGUAUUGUAUAUUUUUCUGCUUCAACAGAACUACAAUGUGACACAAGCCUUCAUAGCGUGUCUUGGGAGUGUUUUCCACACUUAACUAUAUCUUCGCUUCUUUCUUUCUCACCUUUGUAUUUGCACUUAAAAGGUUCCCACAUCUAGCAUUAGCUUUCCUCUGACUGGCUAACGCUGAAUGGCAACAUGAUAUACAUCAGCAUCCUUUUCCUGGUUGUACAUGUAAUACUUUUUAUUGAACCGAAAGGUGUCAGACAUUUACUCUUACUACUCAGCUUUUCUGUUUCUUUAUCGUCCGUUCUGGUGAAUAAUAAUUGCCGUACGAGUUUGCAGGUGGCUGCUCUGCUAAUGCAGGCUAAGUCCGUCAUGUUGAAAGGACUCUUGGCGCUCGUUAACAAGGAGACGCUGCAGACUGCAUGCAGCUAACCACACGGCUAGCCUGCUGCUAACCUUUAGCUGCUUGCUAAGUUAACCCAAAAUGACACGUCUUCCCGACAUGCUUUCCCCUUGCGUCCAAAUGGGCCGCGUCUUUCCCACCUCGCUGUUCGGACCGAAAUACUGUGUUUGCAGGCAAGUUUGUAUUAGCGUGUUGUUUUCCACGUCCCGUCGAGUGGCCAAAGAUCCGUAACAGAUCACAAUGAAACAUGUGUGAAAACAAACCGCAGAUCACUGGGCCUCCUAAUUGUUCAAUUUACACAGAUCUCACACAAUCUUAUGACCACCUGUGUGAUCAGUCCAGCACAGCUCUUCCAGCUUUUGUUAGUGUGAUCAUAGUGGAUGAUGAUCAUUGUACUGUGGGUGGUGUACUGGACUUUGCUACAUUCAGAGGUGUUCCUUAAGUUUUGGCCACCUCAUCCUCAAACAUGAGGGAAAUUAAAUAUUACGUGACAAUAUCUAAUUUACAGUAUAUAUAGCGGACAUUUAACACCUGUCUGAUCAUGUCAACGUAAUCUGAAGCUAUGUAAAAGUAGUAUUUAGGAUAAAGUUGUUGUAAUAUGUUUCAUUAAAGGUGUACCUAAUGUUAUGGCUGGUUGGUGUGUAUCGGUUAUGCUCAAGAAAUUUCAUUCAUCUCAUAAUCUGUGGCUAAAUUUAAAUUGAAUACUUUGACCAGGCAAUCCUUCUCUACCGUAACAGAUCGCAAUGAAACGUGUGAAAACAAACCGCAGAUCACCGGGCCUCCUAAUUGUUCAAUUUACACAGAUCUCACACAAUCUUAUGACCACCUGUGUGAUCAGUCCAGCACAACUCUUUCAGCUCAUAGUGGAUGAUGAUCAUUGUACUGAGGGUGGUGUACUGGUCUUUGCUAUAUUGAGAGGUGUUCCUUAAAUUUUGUCCACCUCAAACAUGAGGGAAAUGAAAUAUUACAUUACUAUAUAAAAUUUACAGUAUAUACAGUGGAAAUUAAACACCUGUCUGAUCAUGUCAACGUAAUCUGAAGUUGUUGUAAUAUGUUUCAUUAAAGGUGUACCUAAUGGUAUGGCUGGUUGGUGUGUAUCAGUUAUGCUCUAGAAAUUUCAUUCAUCUCAUAAUCCACGGUUAAAUUUAAUUUGAAUACUUUGACCAGGGAAUCCUUCUCUGUCUGUGUUAUUGUGCAACUGGUGUAUGUAAAAUACCUAUGGUCUGAUCUGUGUCAUUAUGAAAGCCCAUGCUGAGUAAUCUAAAGCUUAUUGAGCAGUGUGAUGUCUCGUCAUGCUCAGCUUAAUGACUUCUUGUGUGCUCUAAAUGAUUGCAAGGAGUGGUUUUUGUUAUGUAACGGGUUGUGAUAAGGCUGAUGUGAAAUGACCAGAUAAAGUAAUGUCACAUAGACCCAGACAUUCUGUUUACACCUGUGUUGUGUUCCUUUCAGUGCAAAACGGAGCUGUGACCCAAAAGGAUACUUUGAAUGAUGAUGAGUUUGAGCCUUACCUGAAUACUCAGGCCAGACAGGUAAGUUUUACCCAAUCACUGUUUGAGUCAAAUCACUGUUACCCUCAGGUAGAGAGACUGAGGCCAAUCACAACUUUUAAACAGUCACCUUUAGCUUAUCUGAAAAAAAGCAUAAUUAUUUAUUUAAGUAGAAUAUUAAAGUCGGUUUACGAUCGCCCAGGUCAGUUCUUAAAAUGUCACUGACUGCUGUCACUUCACUCAGCUUCUCACAUGUAUAGCAUCCUACAUGUUUCUUUGGUUCAAUCAUUUUGGGAUUUGAAGAAACAGAAUAGUCCCUGCUCAGCAAAAGGAAAAUGUCAUCUUCUGUUCUUCUCCUCUGUUUAAAUAACUUUUAUUAAUGUCACUAAUUGAGUUUGACAGACACCACUAUUUUGCUGAAGCAAGUGAAAUGCAAAGAGUUGUAUUGCUGAAACUAUUGGUUCAGUGCGAUAAGUCGUUGGACCAGAAUAUGAAGCAAAACUUUGUUGACUGCUCUCUUUCAGUGGCCUCCAUGCCUCCUUUUACAAAUUCACGUCAUUGCUUUUUGUGUGGCAAGGGAAUACAGCACAUCCGUGGGUAAACAGAUGGAGUGAGCGCUGUUAAAGCUCAGUUCUCCACUGCUGUUUGAGUUUCUAUCUUUAUCAGCUGUUUCAUCAGGCGCCAUGUGUGUUGUAAUGGAUUCAUUACUAAUGGUUGUAAAAAGAGGAUAUUUACAGCCAUUAAAGAGUGAUUUUCUUUCCUCCUCUAAGAAGAAUGCACAAUCCUCCAGCAGCAAAGGAAAUGCUUUCCUUUUUAAAAUUGUAUAGUUUUAACAUUGUAUAGUUAUGUGGUGUGCAUCCACCAAAGCCAGAGGAAAGAGGAUUUAAAGAAUAGUAAAUCCACACUCUAUAAUGUCUUUGCUGAUCGAAUCAUCUUCAAGAACAAGAUGCGCACAUUUGAUGAAAGAUUGUUAAAAAAUAAAACUGUUGAUGAAGUUCUGUUAUCAGUUGUGUUUUAGCAAAUUGCAAAAAGUUUUUCCUUUUUCUUCUAUUUGGAUAUUUUUGCUAACACUGUCUCCAUUUCUAUUUAGAGCAAUGCCUAUACGGCCAUGUCGGACUCGUACAUGCCCAGCUACUACAGCCCCUCCAUAGGAUUUUCCUACUCCCUAAAUGAGGCAGCAUGGUCCACAGGCGGGGACCCUCCAAUGCCUUACCUGGCCUCCUAUGGACAGCUGAGCAAUGGGGAGCCCCACUACCUCCCGGACGCUAUGUUUGGCCAGCCAGGCCCCCUGGGGAGCAAUCCUUUCCUGGGCCAGCAUGGUUUCAACUUCUUCCCCGGCGGCAUCGACUUCUCAGCAUGGGGAAAUAGCAGCUCUCAGGGACAGUCGGGGACACCGCAGAGCUCUGGCUACAGCAGCAGCUAUGCCUAUGCUCCCAGCUCGCUUGGAGGUGCAAUGAUCGAUGGACAGUCCCCAUUUGCACCUGCCGCCAAUGAGCCCCUUAACAAGGCCCCUGGUAUGAACAGCCUUGACCAGGGCAUGGCGGGGCUUAAGAUCGGCAGUGCUGCUCCUGGUGGUAAUGGGGACAUGGCUCCCAAAGUGGUGGGCUCUGGCUUACCUGGUGGGGGUCCCCUUGGCCCUGUAUCUUCUGUAGGACCUCCCAGCAUGCCUCCUGUCUCAAUUGCCCCUGCCAAGCCCGCUUCCUGGGCCGAUAUUGCCAGCAAACCAGCCAAGCCUCAACCCAAGCUGAAAACCAAGGGUGGCAUGGCAGGGGCCAAUCUGCCUCCCCCACCCAUUAAACACAAUAUGGACAUCGGCACUUGGGACAACAAGGGCACUAUGCCUAAAGCUGCCACCCCCCAGCAGGUGCCCCCCAUUCCCAGCAAUGGGCAGCCACCCAACCAGGCUUCCCCGCAGCCUGGAGCUACUGCUGCAGGAAACCCACAAAUGCCCCUCAGCAACGGACAGCUGGUACCGCCUGUUUCUCAGAUGGGGCAGCAUCAGCUUCCACCCAGUGGACAACCAGGUAUGGCACCCAUGCCGCAGCCUCCUCUUUCCCAGGGCCCUACUCCUCCAAGCCAACAGCAGCAACCUUCUCAACCCACUCGCUGGGUUCCCCCGCGGAACAGGGCCAAUGGAUUUGGGGAUGCCAGUGGGAGUGGUGCAGGCCAGUCACCACCCACCUCUGCUGGUGUGGGUGUGGUUCCCGGGGUCCCCUCUGAGCCUCACCCGGUGUUAGAGAAGUUGCGCAUGGUUAACAAUUAUAACCCCAAGGACUUUGACUGGAAUCCCAAGCAGGGCAGGGUGUUUAUCAUCAAAAGCUACUCUGAGGACGACAUCCAUCGCUCCAUCAAGUACAACAUCUGGUGCAGCACGGAGCACGGCAACAAGAGGCUGGAUGCAGCGUACCGCUCACUGGGCGGCAAAGGGCCACUUUAUCUUCUGUUCAGUGUCAAUGGGAGCGGUCACUUCUGCGGCGUAGCAGAGAUGCGCUCACCCGUGGACUACAACACGUCUGCUGGCGUGUGGUCACAGGACAAAUGGAAGGGUCGUUUUGACGUGCGCUGGAUCUUUGUUAAGGACGUUCCCAACAGUCAGCUAAGGCACAUUCGGCUUGAGAACAACGAAAACAAGCCAGUGACCAACUCUCGGGACACACAAGAGGUACCGCUGGACAAGGCCAGGCAGGUGCUAAAGAUCAUCGCUGGAUACAAACACACCACUUCGAUCUUCGAUGACUUUUCUCACUACGAGAAGCGUCAGGAGGAGGAGGAGUGUGUGAAAAAGGUAACACAGUUAUGAUUGAAUAAUAUCAAUGAUGAACGAGCAACGUGCUCUGCUUGUGCUGAAAAGGGUUCUUGAUGAGGUUUUUGAUACUUGUAUGCAUGCAAAGCAUUUCUGUUUUCACACAAAGGAUCAUGGAAAUAUCUGAAAGAGUAACACUUCGAAUCUUUGUCUGAACUUUGUGUUUGUGCUCGGAUCAAAGGUUAGGCUAUGUUCUGUCCCUUUAAUUUACUGCCAUGCUGUGUUUUCCUGUUUAAUCACUCACAUGUAUUGCAUUGCUUUAAAACCAAAAGUAUGCUCACCCUAAAUAUUUCCACUCGGGGACGACAUCUCUGUGCUUUCACAAUGCAAUGGUAAUAUUCAGUGGAUUCGAAAGGUGGUAUAAUGACUUUGUUUCCAGGUGAUUCUUCUAUCAGGGGUUUAGGAAAUGGGCUCUUUUAUCAGGAAAUCCAACUCUCAUUUGGUAUUGACUCAAAUCUGAUAAGAUUAUGCAUUGGAAUUUGUCAGCUCCAGCGUGCAGAGCAAAUAUAGACAAACAUUGCAGCUCCAAAAAUGAAGUGAUACUUGUGCACUUGAGUUUGCAGUUCUUAUAUUCCCUCUUAAAGGCAGGACUGAUUGACUCUGGGGUUUGAAGCAUACAUGACCUGAGAUGUCAUGUGAAGAGGAUGCCAAAACUACAUAUUGGCUGUUCUUAAUAACAAAACUGAAUUUUUCAAGUUACUGUCAGUUGAACUAAAACAUAUUUUCUUCUUCUUAGCUUUAGAAACUUCAGUGUUUCCUCACAUUCAACAGCUCGAGUUCAACAGCUUUUGUUUUGGUCUGGACCCCUAGUCCCCCCUCUGUUUUUAAUUUAUUGUAGUUUUGCUCAGAAGUGUCGGGCAUUCCAGCACCAAAAUGUGCUGCUUUAAGUCAAAUGUGGGGGGCUUCACGACACAUUGAAAAUAUGUAGUUAUGUUGUGGAUUUUGUCAGUGAUUGUACAGCCUCCUCUCCUUCACAUCAAGCCAUGGAGAUGUCUUCUACAUUCUACAUUGUCAGUAUACUUAUUGAUGGUUUGAUUGUUUUCCAGUUUUGCCCUUGAUGUUCUGGUAUGAGAUGUAAAAGAAAUGUUUAUUAAUCUAACUUUGGGAGCGAAUGAUUGUACAAACAAAGAGAGAGAAUCCUUGUGUGCGUGUGAAGUCUUUAACCAGGGCAUACACUGUUGAACUUCAGUGUUUUUACAACUUUAAGGUGGAUAAUUGGCUCUUGUUUCAUAUUAUAUAUGGAAUCUGGCAUACACUGCUCCUAGAUUGGAUUCUCAGUCAGCGUCUUGUGAGUUUCAUAACCCUUCACUGUUCCUAUUUAUUGUCAAAUUUUCUUUGCCAGGUUUGCGACAUCGCACUGAUUUUAAUUAUAGCCACUUGUCUUGAUUAGAUGUGUUCCAAGUAUGCUCAGUUUUCACUCCUCUCUGCGAUAGGUGGAGGUCCAAGGCAGCGAGCCAUAUCCCAGCAACCCAAGCAACAGGAGUCAUUACAGGCUUCAGGUAAAUGGCUUCAUCCAUCAUCAUCGUGCUAAAACAGUUUUCAUCAUAUCAUUGUAAUACUCGUUGAGUAGCAUUUGAAAGUCUUUACACGCAAUAGAAAGAAAAUCUGAAAAUUGUUCUUUACUGUGGGAGACAUGUUUGUAACUUUCGAGGGACUCUGCAAACGAGGAUCCGAGAGUGAACCAGAAAACCAUCUCAGGACAAAGUAUAUAAAUCAAUGCGUAUUUUGUUUUCCAUUUUGUCUGACGUUUUCUAUUUUCUUUCUUCCUUUAGGAGCGCCAAGGACGAGUCAAGUAACAUUUGGUGCUUUGGUGAAAAGACUGCAAUGGCCGUACCUAAAGCCCUAUCCACCCCAUGACGUCAUUACAUCCAGAUCUCUAAGAAAUUCUAAUAGGGGUGAAGAAUUAACCAAGGACAAAAAAAAAACUAAAUGAAGACUUUCUUGAUUUCUUUUGACUUUAAAGACUUAUUUCGAACUUGUAGUAAAAAGAAAAGGAAACGAUUAUUCAUAGGACUACAACUAAAUGCAUAGCAUCCUUAGGUGAAAUCUUUUUUGCCCUGCCCCAUUCCACUACAUAUGCUUCCCCUCUUGUAUGCUGCUUUUUCCUUUUUUAAAUGAAAGGAUCAUCCUCUGUUUUUAUGGUCCAAGAGCAAGCCUGUAAUUCUCACACAAACACACAAAUCAAAUAGAAGUUUGUAGUGUUGGCAAAGUUAAGUGUCUCAAGGUCAAGAAUGGGCAGUUUGUCUCAUUUUCUUUGUAAACUCCUUCACCACCCUGUCUUUCUGAGGAUGCUCACACCGUCAGUCAUCCUGGACCCAAAUGGAGUUUCCUACCCAGUGGAUCUUCAUCUUCAACGCCGCCUGCCACAGCAUCUGUUUCAUACAGUACUUGCCAUGUUUUGUUUGAGAGGACUGAAUGGGUUCGGAUUGGCCCUCUGUUUUGCUUUCGCAUGUGGUGGACAGAGUGUGAGGGCGGGCAGGUCUGGAGAGGAAGUAUAGUGAAAGGGGGGUGAAGAGUGUGAAAGCAGGAAACGUUAAGUUGACGAGCCUUGCUCGGUGUAUAAUUUUAUGGUCUAAUAAGUAAUUGGGGCCCUCAUUUGACAGUCUUCAUUGGACUUAAGUUACCCUCUGUUCCUUUCUCUUGGAUGAGUUAAUUCAUCGUUGCUUUGGGCUGCUUUCUUGUAUUUUGUUUUCCCUCCUUUCUCAGUUUUUCUAAAGACGGUGAUGCGAGUGGCCUUGCCCCCACUCUUUCUAUUAAUCAGUUCAAAAGUAAUAAAUGUGGUAUAUUCAGCAGAACUGGUGUGCAUUCCCCUUGUUUGACUGUAAUGAAAUUUGUUGUGCAGUGUGUCUGUACAUUCUUCUCAUAAUUUUUCCUGCCCCUCCGGGGUUUAGGAACGAAUGUUUUCUGCUCUCCUUCAUUCUCGACCGUCCAUCCUACCUUCACACCAAACCACACUGCUGUACCCUGCAUUUCUUUCAUCUUCCACUUCCCAUCCCCGUCACGUCCUCUGCAUCUGACUGCUCAGCCAACUUUACAUAUUAUAGUAUCACAAUCAGCUUCGAUCAUUUUCAGAAUGUUGAUGUUGGUGAGUUAAAAUAAAAAAGGAAAAAAAUUACACAAAGCUCCUCUUUCAGAACUACUGGCUUUUAUUCGUGGCAUAAUAAAGAUGCUCCACAAUUGGCGUAUGGGUUUUCCUCUUUUUCUUUUUAUUUUUUGGGUUGUCUCAUGAAUGUCAUACUGUGAGUGUCUACUUGUGGCAUCUUUGUAACAUUGAACUUUGAUAUGCAAGAUCCUUUAAAAGCUGUGAAAAUGUGAAUAUCAUGUAUUUAAAUCCUCCCUGUGUUGAAGUACCUGUACUGGAAACUUAUCUGCAAUCCGCCAUUUUCUCUUCUUGUCAGUGCAGUUGUAAUUUACGUUUCACCCACAAGAGGGCGACACAGUAUUGCUUACUGCAGUGCAUGUUCGUUUACUGAGGAGUCGGGGAUAACGGGUAUACUAAAUACGGCCUGUAAAGGAGCACGUCCUGUUUCUCCACUUAUAUUCGCACAAAAAGCGAUAUCGUUUUUGUUUUAAAGGUUGAAAUCAGUGUCCUCUUGUCUGUUGGCAGAGACUCUGAAGUGUUGAUGGAUUUGUCUAGAUUUCGCCCUGUGUGCACCAAGUUUUGAGGUACUGCAAGCAUCGAGACUGUUGACCUUGAUUCAGAAUAGCUUGGACCAUGAGGUUUCAACCCAGAGGUGAGUCAACCAACAAGCUAAAUCCAACCAGCCCAGUAAAAACACACUUUAAAAUAUGUAUUUCAGCUCUUACUAUACUUUAUUUCGCAUUAAUUUAUAGCUUUUAUAAAUCAAAUCCACCUGUAAACCCACUGUUUCAUGAGAUUCUACAUAAAAACUUAAUUUUUUUAAAAUCAAUUGUAGUCUUACGGAUAUUCAAGUAAGCCUAGAAUUAUUAAAAGAAGUAUUAAACGCCAAAACUUGAACUUUCUCUGACUCCUCGGUUAAAAUGUCAGUCGAGCAUCACUCAACUUUAUUGGACUUUAUUAGAAAGGCCUUCGUUGCGCGUGCGUGCGUGUCGUUCUGGAAGGGGGGGGGGGGGGUCGACGGCACGUGUCGUGUCUGCGCUGCUGAGGGUGCGUGGCAAGCGCACUGCCUCGAGGGGAUCUCCCGUGACCCUUGUCAGCGCGUCUCUGGGGACUUCCUUUCAGCCACUCUGGGGAUGCAAAUGAACGGCCACAAAAGAGAUGAAGACAGAAGACAGCCACCGAGACGAUGGAGGAGAAGAAAGCGAAAUGGGACCAUGGGGAGAAAUUGCACGAGGAGAAGGGAGGAGGGGGCUGACUGCGAGGAAGAAGAGGGGAGGAGGAGGUCAGCACUUCUAACUCAGGGCAAAGAUCAAACUAAAUACAUGGAGGUGGUAGAGGAACAAAAUACGUGGGCCUACAGUGGUAAAAAGAAAAAAAGGUCUCUCUCUUUCUCUCUUCCUCUUUGUUUCUGUGUGUACUUCUGCUGAAUGUGGUGUAGGGUAAAUUAAGAUAAAAACCAAACUAGAAAAGUUCAUAUAAUACCUAAAAUCAUUUUCCACCUUGUAUUUCAUUUUAAAACUAACACAUUGUAAAGAAAUGUAUAAAUCUUGUUAUAAAUUCACCUUAGAGUAACACUGUGUUCCCUUGUAAUAUUUUCUGACUUGGGUCUUUUAAAAUUGUCACUAUAUUAAGUAUUGUUCAGUCAGCGAGCAUGCAUGCACACAUUAUGUGCAUGGUGUCGAUGGGUUCAUAUUGCACUGCAAGGUCAUGGUUCUGCUUUAUUUUCCCUCAUUAUCAUAAGGCAUCCAUCUCUUUCUUCCAUUAGUGACGCUUCACCAUGUCGCCAACCCGACCUCUAUUUACAUGACUAAAUUAGAUUUCUUCUCCCUUUUUGUGUUUUGUUUCAUACAGCCUGUCUUUUACAUUCAUGCUGUAAAGAUGAAAAAUACGGCAAAACAAGACGGUCAAACUGCUUUAUGUAUUAAAUUAAAAUACUACACUGGAGGUCCAGUCUCUUAAUCCUCAUUAUAUUUCACAAAUAUAGAUUUAUUUUUGGUGUUAAAAUCAUAAAGUCUAUUUAUUUUUUCACAUGAGGAAAAAGCCCCACAAUGUAUAACCGCAAUUUGACAUAUCAGUAUAUCCGUAUUAUUUCACACCGUAUCAAAAAGGUUUGAUCUAUUUCAAAUCUAUCUAGGUAUAAAUAUAUGUAUGCCAUUUAGGAAUAUGUCAUGAUGAUGAAUGAUUUCUGCAUGUACGGGGGGGCCCUACACACGGUCACCUGCUCUCUAUCUCCAGGGGUCCGGCACUGUUGACUCAUGGAGUAUAACCCCCUCAUUUCUCCUAGUGUCUCAAUUCUAUUGAGAGUUUUUGAAAAAUGCAUAAUGUGCAGACAGGGGAAGAGGCCCAUAAACAGUUGAUGACCUCUGUCUCAACAUAUGUGGCACACUUGCCCUCUGCACGCUCCUAUUGUCUGGAGAUGACACAGAAUAACAGAAUGUCAUCCACUGAUGCAUCAGGACAUAAAGAGGCAUGUCGACAUGAUACAGGAUGAUGUAGGAUAUAUUCUGUGAAAAUCCCUUCUGCGUUUAUUUUAUAAUCUCCCCGGCCUAAAUAUUACAUUCUCAGAGAUGGUUUAUGUUGUGUUGAUUUUAUCCUCAUUCUUUCAUCGAUCACAUCCUCGGGUGACAUCUUGAAUAGACUAGCCUUAUAUGAAAGCAGUGGGCAGUGAAAUAGAUCAAAAUAAAUUUCAACAAAAAUCCACGAUUUCAUUUUUCUUUGAUAUCUCGCCUCUAUCAUCUGAGAUGUAGGUCAGCUCACAUCCCUAUCGCCUGCAGUGGUUUACAGCUUGAAUCAUUUGAUGCAGCUCUGUGAUUAUAGGAGUUGAGAUGAAGCUCAUUAUUUAAAUGACUUGAUGUGCUUUGGGCCCUUUACUUUGAAGAGAAGUGCUAGAUAGUACAAAUAGAAAUGUUGUCCAUGGAAUGACUUCUUUAUUGAGACUUUUUUUUUUUUUUUUGCAGAACAAAAACACAAAGCCAUGACAUUAAAAAAUUACAAGGAAAAACUGCUUUAAUGUAUCUUAUAGUCGUCAAAUGAAGUAAUAAAUCAUAUGAAUGUGAUGAAAAUAUGAUAAUGCAUGAGAAUGAUCCGAGACACGUUUUCUUUCUUAUUUUAUGGAUGUAAGCGAAAGCGAUAUUCCUGCUCUUUCUGCGCAUUAUUCUCACCCUGUUUGUCCAUCUUCUCAGAUUCAGCGAGUGUAUGCUCAUGCGUAAACAGACAGACCUUUGAAGUGGCCCUCUGUCACCACAUGGCAAAUCCCCCUGGUGUGAUCCCUCUGUCCAUUUGGCCACAAGACCCACACUGGUAGGCUGCCUAUGGCUUUGCCUGUUCUGUCAUUAUUAAAACCCGUAUAUUACUUCUACUAGUGUCCAGUAAUUAUAUCAGAUUUCCCUCUCUGUUUCACCAUGAUUUAAGAUACCUCUGCUCCCUGCAUAACCCUAUCUAUUCACCUGUCUUAGGUCACCGCUGCUUUGUAACCUCUUUAUCUAAUGCUUCUUCUCCGGCUUCUGAGUGACCAUAAACGUCGUCUCCUGUUAAUCUCAUAGGAUUGAGGCGAACAUCCAUCUGUGCAGUCGUCAGAGCCACUCUCCUGCCCAGAGGCGGCUUUACGUUGGUGUCUCAGGUGAGCGAAGACUGUGGCUUCUCUCUUGGCAUUCACCGCGUGCCUUAAUUGUAUUGAAAUUAAAUCAAGGUCCACUGUGAACACAAAGAGCUCAAACCCAAACUUAGAAAAUGUUCCUACUUCCUCUUUUACUCACCCUACGUACGACCACUCUUUCCCCUCCUUUGUAUUCAUAAUCCACAACAAAAUUUCAACGUGAACACCGUUGUCUUAAAGCCAUCGCUUUCUGAAUCUUAAGGGUGCAUCCUAUUGUUUUGUAUUUUUCCCACUUUCUCAUUCCUUUCUCCUCACCUGUGAUCUCUCCUCCCUGUGGGCUCAGAGGCGGCUAUGCGGUCCUUUCACAUGUCAAAGUACAUCGCAUGCUAAUUCCACACAUACAUGCAUCCUCUUUUUGCAAUAAAAUCGUGAUUCCUGCACAAACAAUACAGACAAAAAACAUAUAGAUGAGACGAGCCGACGACAUCGUAAUUCCUUUACAAGAACAGUCCAGAGUGUGUGAAUGCAUGCAUGUGUUUGUGAGUGUUUUACAGCAACAAAAUGUGAACAAAAAGAAAUAUCAUCAGUGCAGCAGUUGCAGCAUUAAGGCAUUCUCUGUAUACAUAUGCUACAGCAGAUCAGAAAAGCAGCACAGAGAGAGGAGAGCACAGAGAGUGAGAUAGAGCAAGCGAGCACAGCUACCUUUGUUGCACCAUAAAGAGAGCAGCAGCCCAGCUACCUGACUGCUACCAUUCCUGCAGACCAUCUUCCCCUCCGAGCAAAACAAAGGAUGACGACUAGAUAUUUAGGAGUACACUCUGCGAUGCAUAGCUAUGCCUUAUCCUCGCCAUAGCGCGGCUUCCACUGGUCCUGGUUAAGAGCUUGGUACGGUUUAAUCAGACCAAGCAGUUCUUCAUUACAGUUGGUAAAGCUGUGUCGUUAUCUCCCCCUUUCCCUCCCUCUCUCCCUCCCUCCUACUCUCCAUCUCUUCUCUCUCUCUCUCUCUCUCUCUCUGUGCACUCUGCGCAUGUAACUAUAGCCAUGUACAGACUGUAAAACAGGAUCUAAAUAACAGGUUUCUCCUUCUGUUAAAUGACAGACAAUUUUUUUUAAAAGUUUCAAUUCUCAUAUCUAGAAAGGUUAAACACGAGAUGGAAUUUAGCAUCUUUGCCAUUGCGCAAAACUAGCACCAGAAAAACUGCAAGUGUUACAUUCAAAAUUCCUCUCUUUUAAAGUCAUUAUCGCUGCACUUAGUUCCUGUCUAUAUUUGCCAACAGAGUUCUUCCCUAGCACAAGCACAAUAAGGUUUUCUUUCAAAUGAAAUAUAUCCUUUCUCUCUCUAAAGAUGAGGAAAAGAAAAAAAAAAGACAGCAGAGAAGCUGCAGAGUAUUUCCUCCUUUCGGGUCCGCGGUCCUGAUUUUGUUAUUGUUGAUGCUGAAGUUGUAGCUGUGACAGUGCAGCUCCAUCCUGUUAAGAAGGUCCUUCUGGGGUUGGGAAGAGCAGGGGUGCAGGCACACGGGGAGGUUUGGUGGGAUGGCGGACAAGAGGGGCUGAAGGGACGGGAGGCAGGCAGGUGUCACACAUGCAGUCAGGGGGAAAAAAUAAAUAAAUUUACCCAGUCAUCACCAUUAGAAAAAUCCUUUGGAUCUGUUCAAGACAAAACCAAAAAGGAAGAGGAAAAAGCCCAAGAUGUAAAAUAUACAUAUAUAAGCCAGGUCGGUAUAUAUGUAUAAGGAUCCAAGAGGGGAGAAGGAGGAAGAGGAAGGAGAUAAGGGAUGGACGGACGCGGAGGAGGAACAGGCAACUGGCUCACACACAGACACACUGCGCCGAGGCGAAGGCACGGGCUUCAAUUUAUGCUUUCUGGUCGACACCACCCCCCACCUCACACGCAAACACACACACAUGCAGACACACACACACACACACACAGACACACACACACAGAAAGCGUCCCGCCCCUAUCUGCCCCGUCCCUGUCCUGUCCCGUACUGGAUGCGUGGCCCAGCUGAUCAGUGCAGAGGGAUUAGCCAACGGGGCCAGCUGGCAGGGAUUACACAGGCAAAGUGGGGGAGGUAUGUGUGUGUGUGGAGGGGGGGGGAUGGGAGAGGGGACGAGGGGUGAGGAGGGUAGUCCUAAUACUAGAGGGUGGUGGUGGGGGGGGAUGGGAGGCACUGUCUUGUUCUGCACACACACACACAGAUGUUCACAUGCACACUUCCUGCACAUAUGUAUCAUGCACCAGCGCCUGAAUACCAAAUAAAAUGCUUACAAAUAUUUCUUCCUGAAUGCACGAGCUGCAGCGGCGCAGACUGCAGCAGUAAGCAGCCAGUAAUGCAUGCGGUGCAUCCUCUCGCCGGCGAGUCACGGCGACGCACACUGCUGAUUAAUGUAUGUAAAUGUGCAGCAGGCAGCGGGAGGAUGGAUGGAUGGAUGGAGGAGGGGGUUAAGAGAGAGAGAGAGGGAGAGGAGAGAGCAAGGGAGGGAACCCCACGGGAGUGCAGGGCCAGGCUGACAAUGCAAGGCUUUGACCCCUGACCCCUCUCAGCUCCAUCAUCCGCGGCCAUCAGCUGAUCCCGGGAAAUGGACAGCAGCAGCAGCAGCACCCUCCUCCCCAUCUCUUUUUACCUCUUAGACAAACACACACACACAGGCGUCCGCUAACAAGGCCUACAUCACCUCCUUUUCCCCCCAUCUUUUUCCAUCACUUGCUCCCUCCAGCACUCCAUCGCUCUUUCCCGUCUCAUGCCUCACUUCACCAUUUAGCUCAUCCCGAUAUCCCUGCUCCUAACCUUUCUCAUUAUUUUGAAAUGUGUCGACUUCCACAACUUGUCAUAUCUGCGCAGAAAGAGAUGCAUUCUGUACAAGGUUGGUUUGGGGGGCUUGUGUUUUGAUUUUUUCUCCUAAAUUUCAAGAUUUUUUUUUGCUUUUGGCCUCGGUUUGCCUUUUUUUUCUUUUCUUUUAAAACUGUGAGGCCCAGUUUUUUCACAUUACAUCUGCAGUCUUACAUGUGGGAGAGAGAGCAAUGAUGUUUCACAAGAGAAAUCAAAUAAAAUAACCAUCCCAGCUGAAUCUCAAAUACAUUUACAGGCUUUAAAAUGAGUGAGGUAAUUGUUUUAUUAACAGCAACUCUCCAAGCUCAUUCUGUGCUAUACAAACAAGCUGGACAGGUUUUAUUAUUAUUAUUGCUUCCUUUCAAACAGGCCUUUAGACUCAAAGUGUCUGAUAAUAUUCACUUUCAUAAUUUUCUUUUGGUUUAUCUGUAUGAUUCAUGCCAGGCUCCCCAAAAACACAUGCUGGCUGAACGGCAGCACGUCUUUGCACCAGCAGCAUUUUAACACGCAUUUACUUCACACCCUUUGAAGUAAAAGUUAGAAUAUGCAUUUUCAUUUCAUGCAAAGUUAAAUACCUAUAUUUGAUCAGAUAUUCUUUAAUAUUAAAUAUAUCAACCUUCAUGAGAAAUACUGCAAAUGUGUAAAAAUCUUUAUGCUUGUAAGGGAGAGAUAUUUGAGAGACAUAUCGAGUUAGCCUAAUUUGGUGAAAAGCUAAAUGUCAAAGUUUCUGCAGGCUGUCAUCAGCAGUUUGUGUCACAAUGUAAAAGACAGAGCUGCGGCUUAGUCCGGAGAAUACACAAAUGCAAACUCCUGCACACACAUGCAAACAUGCCAGAAUCACAUACACGCAUAGAAACAGUCACAAGAGUGAUUUCUGCAAAAUCAAAGAGACAUUUUUUAGGGCCUUGCAGGCAGAAAACAGCAGCGGUGUUUUAAAGAAAAUAUAUAGAAUCAGACAUGGUGGAUGUGUGACAAAUAGGACAUUAGUUUGGUUCUGUUUACAUGAAACGCACACUAACAAUGCAGCGCAGCUUUCAGAGUGGAACGACGGAGAGAGCGUGGCCCUGUAUUUCUCAGGGAUCGAAAGAUGGGGUUUGAGAGUAGACGAGUGUGUGAAGGCAGUUUGAAUAGAAGCACGAAAAAUUCCCUUUCCUUUAUUUUUUGGGGGGAUUAUGCAUGUCCAAAAUUUGCGUCGAAUACUUCAGAAAAAUUUCCCAGGGAAGAAUGGAACCUUAUUAUUUAUGGGCAUAAAUUACACGCAAUAAUUUUCACACAUUCUGUACUGUAUAUGUUUGUAUAUUUAGGUUUGGCGUGUUUACCCUCAUGCGCGUUGGCAUGAAGAGACGAAGGAGAUUUGAGACUGCAUUUUGAUGUCCUGCUACCCCGUUCUCCAUUUUAAAAGCCUCGAACAUGUGAGGAUGAGAGUGCAGCGAACAGGCAUGCAACCCCACCAGUAUUCACAGACAGCAAGGAAGAUCACAGAGAGUCAAGCAAAGAAUUUUUUAUCAUGCAGAGAAACACAAGAGCAAGCACUUAUACAAAGUGACAAGCUGGGAGAGGCAGACAGACAGGCAGGAAGACGGAGAGACAGGCCAACACACACAGACAGGGCUCGUCCCUAGUUUGGUAAUCCGAUGGAGAGAUUAGCAAGCAGGCAGCAUUUGGGUCGGAUUAUCGAGUCAUUAGAAAAGACUGGUGCUCCAGAGCCUCUCUUAUGUGUUAAUGUGGCUUUACAGAUCCUCAGUGCAGUCUGUGCAGAUUGUUGAGAUUGCGUGGAGAGUUUCAACAGUAGAUAGUCCCACAAUAUGUAAAUAGGGCCACAUGAACCCAAUGCCCCACAGACUGUUGUGUGUGUGUGUGCCUGUGUGUAUGUGUGUGUGUGUUUUUUUUAUCUUCCAUGCAAAAAAAAGAAGAAAAAAAAAUCAUUACGAUUUCUGUGGGUUUCCAAAAUUAUUUAUAUUAUUUUCAAAAAUUCAGAUUUAAAAAAAUAAAGAGGAAAAAUGCAAAAUAUAUUUUUAUUCCUACAUAUAUAUUUUACUUCUUUUUUGAUUUAAAGUUUGAUACAGUGAUAGUGCCAGAUUAUUUAAAGUGAAAUUGAAGAGUCUGGGCAGAAUUAAAGAAAAAAUAUAUACAUUUUAAAGUGACUGAUUUUUAUUUUUGCAACACUCACAGCCACAAAGUGCAUACUGAUCUAACAUUUUCAGACUCAAAAUUUACAUGUCACGACCAUUUAUUACAUUUUUUUCUUUCAUCAAUAAUUUUGAAAUGUAUGUCCUGUUCCUGUUAUGUGCACUGAAAGACAAAUAACUAAGGUCUCAGAGUUAAGGUCUCUGCAUCAGCACUAUGUCUGCACAGCUGUAGAGCUGUGUAAGCUGGAGCAUUUAGCACUGCAGCUCUGUGGGAAUACUGGGGUAUAUGGGGUACAUAGCUUGCGUGCACUUGUAAAUCAUACAGCUGUGAUGUUCAGUGAUGACAGGAUUUAAACAGGAUCAGGAGAAAGCCAGAGAGCUUACCGGAGUGUGUCUGUCUGUGGAGGAGAAUACGUAUAUUUACACUACCUUAUGUGGGGUUUUUGUAUUUACUCUGCAAAUAGCCGUGAUCACACACACACACUCAUGAUAACUGUUUUUGUGCAAGUGUGUGUCUUUAGUUGUGUCAGGGUUGGGGGUGGUUGGGCACUUCAUCGACAGCUGAUCAAUGCUGCUGACACACUCUGUGUCAGAUGUGCUGAGAUGGUCCAGUGACUACAAUAUCACUUUCAUUUUUGUCAAGCGGGCAAUGAAGCCCUGAUAAGUUUGUGUGUGUAUGUGUUGUGAGUCUGUGUGUGUUGUUUACGAUCCAAAAAAAAAAAAAAGGCACCAUCAUGUGUCAGCAAUUUUUUUUUUCCAUCUUUGACUGACCAAGCAGUUUUUGAAUGAGCUAACCCAUCUUGUAAACUUAGCUUCCAGGUCAACCUUUUACGUGCUCUUUCUCACACACACGCACACACACACACAGAAAAACGCACAAUCUGAUCUCCGUUCCCAAAAACCUUCCCUUUUGCUGCUGCCUCUGCAUACACCAUGCCCCAGUUCCCCACCCCCACCCUUUUUUGUCAAAUAAAUUGCUAUGUGACCUACUUCCCAUUUUGCACCAUUUCUGUCAUGUUCAGAUAUUACUGUUUGAACAUGAGUGAUUUGCUUUGGGGCAUACAGUAUCAAAAAAAACACAGUGUAUAUAAUAAGGGGCUGUAGUGUACUGUAAAUUGUACUAAAUGUAAAAUGUUUUUAAAAAUGGGGAAACAGUACCAUCAGCCUUCACAGUUUUUUUUUGUUUUUUUUUUUCCGCUCAUAUUCUGAUUUGGUUUUGUUGCAGCGUGUCAGCUUCGUAUAGUGUGUGGGCAAAGCGUUUGGAUCUCUUUUUUUUAAUUUUUAUUAAAGGCUUUUGUUUUUUAAAAUUGCCCUGGUAUGAUUUGUAAUUAAAAUACAUGCUUCACAUAUUUUUCUGAUUAACACGUACAAUAAUACUCGUAGCCCUCAUAACAACUGGAUGUCUUUGUGAUGGUCAUAGACUGGGGAAAUAAGGUAAAUCAAUUUUGCAGUCUAGUUAAGCAGAAAGCACAGUGGUAAUUUCCAGUAAUAAGCAUGACUAAUUCAUUGGACCACAUUGCAUUUAUAACCCAGUUAGGUCUGCACUAGUUGGCAUCCUCUUUUCUGUUUGGAUUUGAGGUAUACUUUUGGAAAAGCUCCAUAUGAGGAUCGCAUAGCGCGGCACGCUGAAUCCUUCGCAUCAUAUAGACGGAGUAGCGAUGAAAUUGUUGCGGGGCUACUUUUUGUGAGGUUUUGCGUAUUUUAAUUUUUGUUGCUACUUUUACAGAGUCUAACUGCUGAUGCAAAAAGUGACAUUAAAAUGCAAAGGCACAAAAAAUCAUUUUCUUGUUUUACACUUUGAGAUGGAUAUUUUUCUUAAUUGGAAAAAUAGCCUGUGAAUACGUUCAGGCAUAUAUACAUAAGAAUAAGUGUAGAUUCGUGUCAGAUCAUGCUCCCUCCUGUCUUUUCCAAACUGAGCAGAGAGACCACACUGACCCUGAUUUAUUGGGAUCAGAAUCCACAUGACAGCAAUUAAUUUACAUCCAUUAACUACAUCGCUCACUCCCUCUUUCUGGCUCUCUGCGGACAUUUUGCACUCUUGCACAAUCACUUUGAACAUUCUCUGUUUCGGCCCUGGCUCUUUCGACUUUCCCCUUCCUCAGCAUGUUCUGUCGCUCCCUCCCCUUUAAUCAGUCACUCUUGCUCGACCAGUAACUCAAGUUUCAAGGUACUGGGAUCCCAUGUUCCUAAUCCAUUUAGAAGACCCUCUGCAUCCCCUCUUUCCUCUGUGCAUUAAGGCCUGCUACAUAAAUGAUAAUGUCAGGUUCGUGUUUCUUGCUAAGUGUGUGAGUGUGUGUUUCUCUUGAAUUCACAAGGAAUCUCUGGCUAGCGAUGAACGAUCCCUAUAAAUAAUUAUCAGGUUCCAUGUACUCAGACUUUUUAAUAAGCAAACAGACUAUCUGUGUGACUGAGUUCAUCAAACAGACUGAUUGUGAUUACACAAAGAAUUUGACAUUCAUGUCAUAAGCUCAGCAUCUUUGGAUCAUUUCAUGGGUCCUCCAUGUUUUCCCGUUCGAGGGUUUGACUCAUGCAGGUUCUUAUGCUCAAGGGUCUUUCUCUCUGCCCCUUACGAUAAGACACUUUAGUGCGUGGCCUACAUCUCUCGUUGCCUCUCUACCUCACGGUUUCUGUCUGCCAAGUGCUUUUGCUGGCUUUUCAACUCGGGGAAAGGAGACUUUGGCUUCGGGGGGAAUUUGCCAUUUAUUUCGGGAGACAAAAAAAAAUGAAAAGGGGCUUAAGCACUUUGUAUCUUCUCUCCUUUUUUGUCUUCAUUCUCUACGCAUCUUUGCUCUCUGCACCAUUGUGGAGUCCCUUCAUCCAUCCAAGGCCUCUAUGCCUUUUGCCGUGUCCUCAGGAUGAGACGAACAGGAGAGCUCGGCUGGUAAAACGCAUGGGGGUUGGGCGAAGGAUGAAUUCUGUAGACUCUCUAAAUGUGUAUGAAUUGAGGAAGCACUUAAACUAUCCUUGUCAUGCAUAAAGGUAGCAAAGGCGCCAUUACGCCGUUGCAUUUACACUAUGCAGCAUGCACACUGGCUAAGUAAAGCCAUGAAUUACCACACGCUCAUCUGCACACAUAUACAAGCAAGAAGAGUGUAUGUGUCUGCUGAUUGCAAAUUUAUUCCAAAGAGGAAGACAAUGCAGGAAUCCUUCACUCACAUCUCCUCACCGACAUAGCUCGGGGACAGGUUCUAGCAGUAUCUGUGUUAGGAUUGGCUGAGGAUGUGAUGCGGGAGGAAAAGUUGCAGUUGGCAGCAGACAGAAAGACACAGCAAGGGGAGUGGGGGUUCACAAUAAAGGAUUUUAAACCAAAGCCUCUUUGGUAGAGAAGAGGGAGGGAGGGAGGGAGGGAGGAAAGAAUGGGGCUGUGGGGGUGGUGGAUAGAUACAGGAUGACACAAGGUCCAGAUUAACCCUAAUCUCAGGCCUGGUGGUUUAGGUGAGGCUGUGGGACUGGAGGAAGCUAUCCCGUGCCAGGUGGUCAUGAGGAGGUUAAAAGAGGGAGAUGGGUGGGGUGGGGGGCACUGGGAGGAUGAGUAUGGGACAGCGUGUUGCUAAGGGAAGACAGAGACAGCGAGAAAAAACUGCAGAGGAAUGAAAUGUUUCAAUGCGGCGACUUCCAGCGAAUAGAACUAAAACCAAAAAUCCAAAAUGGACGACCAAAAACAGAAGACAGCGGAGAUGUUCGGGAUCGGGGUGGGGGUGGGGGGUUGCACAGCUAGCACAACAGCAGGCGCUGUGAAGGUGGCUGCAGGGUGAUUGGAUGGUUGGUGCAUGGUGACAGUGGCACAUGCCCUGGUGCAUGGGAUUAGAGGGACACUCAGUAAUCUGCUGUUUAGGCUGUAUGUAGGGCAAGAGUGGCUUAGCCCAGCCACUCUUAGCACGGGUGGAGCAGCAGAGCGAGAGGGACAGGAAGUGGACUGCUGUUAUAUAGCUGCACUCAUCCCGCCUCAGUCACCUCUGGUUUUUCUAGAUUUAUCCAUCGUUUUCUUUCUCUUGUGUUUGCCUUUAGCGUUUGAAACAAAAAGUGCUUUCUGCUGUCCUCAAAAAUCUGAAAGUGCAAAGGAAAAAUGAGUCAGUCGCCACAAGUGCUUUAGCAAACUAUUGUCUGCGGCAACUCCCAAACUCCAAAAUAGGGCUCUGCUUGCAUAUAUGAUGCGGUUGCCAGUUAAAAUCAGUCUUAUCAGCAGCAGCUGAAUGCUUAGCUUGUAGGUGGUAGCUCAUACUUGAGGUACUUUGUUGAUAUUUGAACUUCAUUAAACACAAAGUGCUUUUACCUUGUCGACUGAGCAUCUCAGAGUUGUUUUAAGUAAGGUAUCCUAUCUAAAAGAGCAGUGGUGUCAUUAUUUUCCAUCAUGGCAGCACUCUGAAGAAGGUGGCUGACAAGAUAGCAUGUGAUUUUUUUUUAAAUUGCAUGUUAAUUUCAGACCUUAAUCCCAUUACAGUAAGCAGGUUACGCAGACGGCCCAAGUUUAUUAAUGUCAUGCAGCUUUGCUGUAUAACAGGUACUUUCUAAAAGAAUCAACCUGACAUGUCCUCUUUUGAACUUUUUAUUUUACUUAUGUAGCCUGCUUGUAAAGUUCAGUGUGUUACUGCUUAUUUAAGAUAAGUAAAAGAUUUAAUUACCUUUUGUAAGGUUGCUGGCUGUUACUGCUUUCAAACACUUAAACUGUACAAGAAGCUGAAGUCAAUUUGAAAACGCAAUAUUUUCCUUUUUACUUCACUGAUGUAUAUUUCUGAUAAUGUUGAUAUUUGUAAAGCUAACAUGAUGAGUCAUUAAUUAAAGGACAUUUAUCUGCAAACACACUGACAAUAGCUUCAUCUAGAGGCCAUCAGAAGUCACUUCUUCGGUGUGAUUUUUGUUAUUUUGCAAGGUCCCUUAAACUUUUUUAGUGAGGAGCCAUAAAAGGAUACUGAGAGUGUCAAUCUGUGUGAAAGUGUGAUGGACAAUUUUCAUGAUUAUUUAAUAAAAUGUACUUAUAAAUCAGAAAAACAGUCUAAAGACUAAUAGAAAUUUUAUAAGAAGGGUCCCACUGAGCAUUUUUUGGUCUAAAAGAGGUCUAAUAGACGUCUAAAUAUAGACUAGACGACUGGUCUAAAACCAGGCUACCACAGGUCUAAAAAUGAAAGUUUUUUAGACUUUUAAAUUUAGACCAAGUUUAGACUAAAUCUAAAUCUGGGCUAUAUCUAUACUACACUGUAUAUUGCUCAGCGCUAUCAUAAUUAUUUUCAUUAAGUACUUGGAGAUCAGUUAUGCGACUCACAGUUGCUUUUUGAAAUACAUAGUUAUCGAAUAAUGGGUCAAAGUGCAACGUCUAAAUUCUGUCUAAAAAUAUACAGAAUCUAGACGGUUGAAAUUAGGUCUGAAAAAACUAAACGUCUAAUAGCCGUCUAUUGCUCAGUGGGGUUGUAGCUACAUUUAGUGUUAUGGUCUUCAUCAUAACAAUCACUGUCAAUUUUGUCCAACAUGCCAUCAACGUCAUUUGAAAUGAGACGGAGAGGAAAAGCGAGGUUGCUCCAUUGCAAGGUUGACCCAGUCCUCAGGCCUGCAAAAGGUGCAUUUACUCCCACAUCUUUGAAUCUCCGACAUGAAUAUCUCGUCUUUUAUGCCAUUCAAACAUAUCCCAAUCUCCUCUUUCCUUUUCCAGUGAGCUAGAUGAUUCAUGUCAAGUGAAGUCAAGCAUGGGCCAGGAUAUGAAUCAAAAUUUGUCAAGUUGGCUUUUCUCCCUCACGUCUAUGAAAUGAUACGGCUUAGUUUUGAAUAUGAAUCCCGAGAGAGCGCCACAUUGCUUUUAACGGAGUGUGGCUUCAGCCGAGCAAUCAAAGCCUUUGUUUUUCACACCAUCCCACAAUCCCACCUGCUUGGGCGAGACGAUGGAGGGCCCUUUGAAAACAACGAGGCGGCAUGAUUUAUUAUUCUAAUUAGGCGGAGUGAGACUUUAGCAAAGCCACAAUUACACUAAAUGGCCAAAACAGUUUUCUGGUUGGAUGACUCCUGUUCCGCUCAGAUGUUAAUCAGAGGUAGCAAUUGAGCCAAGGUGCAAACUGCUUGUGAGUCACUGUAUUGCUUGGUAAUAUCUCCCACAAACACACAAACAAUCAAACAAACACUAGAGUCCUGUAUUGAAUUACAAAUAGGCAUUUUGGCU